AUGUCAGGACAAUCAUCACCAGGUGCACAACCAACAAGUGCGCAAGCUACGGAAGAGCCCGCCAUCUCUAACUAUUCCACAAGAAAGACGUACCAGCUCUCUGACCAAGCAGGCCAAUGGCUUCUAGACAAGCUCAAGAAGAAGUCCCGUCAAGACAGAGAAGAUUACCAUCCUAACGCACCCACAGACCUCCGUAUCCUCCGCUUCCACGUCAAAGAAAGCGCUGCAGAGAAUGCAUUGCAACAAGCACGCAACACCACAGUCUCCGAAUUCGUACUACAGAAACUUCAGAAACUUGAAGGUGAACACCCCGAACACGAGGUCGAUGCGGCGAGGGAGUAUGAGAGAAUGACGAGGUGGAAGCUGCUAGUUGAGAAGGCUGUCGGCGAUGCUAAACAUGAGGGGUUGAUGGAGUUGGUGAAGAGGGUUGAGGAACUGAUUGAGGGCCUGACCGUCCUGAAGAAGUCCAUUGACAAGAGCGUGAGACGUGUAGCUGAACAUCGUGAACGCGACGAAUUAGUCAUAGAACUCGCUCAGUCAGGGGUCGAGGCUAUGGAAGAAGGAGAAGAACGAAAGCACGAGGUGGAGAAGCUCGAGUUUAAGAAGAAAAAGAGAAUGUUUGAGUCGUUGGUGGAUGCUGCCAUGCAUGACGGCUUACAGAAGUUGACCGGUGCGGUCGAGGAAAUUGUGCAGAAUCAUGUGCCGAAUGAGAACGACGCUCCUCAAUCGUAG